AUGGGUAGAGAUAAGCCACUCAAUCAGCACAAAUCCAAAAAGGAGAAGAUGGCUGAGAAAAAGCAAGCUAAAGCCAUUGCCACUCGUGAGAUGCAGGCGAAGCCAGGCAAGACCAAAAUUGAGGGGUCGGAACCAAAGAAAGCCAAGGCGGGCGAGCCAGAGGCGCAGGUAGACGUGAGCAAGUAG